GGCUCCUGAAGUGUCUCUGAGGAGGGGAUCAUUAGUGCGCGCCUCCCUUCAGCACCUGGGAGAAGUCUGCUUUAACCUCACAGCAGCACCGCGCGUCCUGCUCACUUCCCCAUGAAAACGAAGGCAUAGUUUCCUUCUUACCUUUUCCAACAUGUUUCAGUUCAAGAGGUCGUUCGAGGGCGAAAAGCUUCAGCUGCAGGAACUGAAUCAGAGGCUCGGGCAGUACCUGUCCAGAGCGAAGCUGUUAGAGCAAGAAAACGCUCGCCUGGUAGCGGAAAUAAACACGAUCAGGCAUAACAGGUCUGAAGAAUGGGAAAACACACGCAUGGCCGAGCUGAGAGAGAUGAGAAGGCUGGUGGAACAACUCUCUCUGGAAAAAUCCAGAGCGGAGAUGGAGCGAGAGAAGCUGCGCAGAGAACUUCAGCUGAUCCAGGCCAUGCGCUCGGACGAGUCCGCAUUUAGCAGAGGUCUCGAUGGCGAGCUGAAAGGUUGUGAAAAGCAGCUCCAAAAUGCUCUUCAGACCAACAGCGCGUUAGAGAAGCGCAUGUUUCAGCUGCAGAACGAAUGUGCGCUUUUCCAUGAUGCUCACAGGAACGAGGUCGCGCGCCUCAGGGACCAGGUUCACACCCGGGUCCUACCUGUUGUCACUCGGACUUAUCACGGGCCACCAGCGUUUACUACGGAAGAAGUCCAGAAUUAUGCGCUUAGCCUGUCUGAAAGCUGGAUGGAGACAUUUGAAGUGUACCGACAGCAAGUUGAGGAGAUGGAAGAAUCCAUAAAAGCAGAUCAGGCGAGGCUCGAAGAUAUUAGAAGAGAGAAGGUGGAGUACGCUUCAGAGCUGAACAAGCUGCGGGUGGAAAUGGAGAAACACAGCCAGAUGCAGCUGGAGCUGGAACAGCAUCUCAUGGACAUGCAAGAAAAGUUUAGGAAAGAUGUCAGUCAGUAUCAGAUAAUUGUUGAAGAACUGGAACAAGAGCGUAUGUUUCUGGCCAACACCAUUUCAGAAAAGCUGAAGGAUCAUCAUGAACUCCUACAGGUCAAAAUGGGGCUUGGCAUGGAAGUGGCUGCAUACAGUUUAAGGUUUUGCUUGGUGAUGACAGAGCAAGGUGGUGAGCAUACUAAGGACAGGGCACUGCUAGAAGGUGAAGGUAAACAUGCUCAGAUGAGGUCUGACCAAUAUUCAAGAGAGAGAAUAAUAGAUAUCAAAAUGCCAGCCAAACCUUAUACUCAAAGAGGCUCUACCAUGACAGCCAGUCGGCCAGAAGUGAGAAGGAAUUUAAUAGGGUAUGGUUUCUGGAAUACAGAACCCAUUUCCAGCAUGAGAAUGUCCACUGUAUCCAGUCAGGUCGAUUCCCACAAAAACUCCAGGAUUUUGCCUAUCACUAUUUCAAACCAUGCCCAAAAGAGUCCUGCGGCAAGAAGAGACAUGCUUGCUUUCACCAAAGCAAAACAGGCUUCAAGUACACCAAGCGCAACCAGACCUGAUGUCUCUGCUAGUAAGACUAGCAAAGAAGUGAUGGAAGAACAGAGGGUGAUCAUCAACAGUGUGUCUAAAAGCCUACCAAGGAGUUCACCUGAUCUUUUCCAGACAGAAAUACAAAACAAAUCAUUCCCCACUGCCUCAUCAACAGUAGAAUUAAAAUCAGUGAGAGUUGUGGCACCACCUAUGAUGAGCCUGAAGAGUAAUGCAGAAACCCCUCAGAAAGUUGUUAAGAAAGGUGAAAGAGACGAUGAGAGGACAGAAGCAGAUCAUGUCAAGGCAACAGUGCAACCUGAUGCAACACCAUUUGUCCAGGAAAAGGAAUCCAACCAUGAAGAGGAGAGAGAUUUGAAAGAUUCUGGAAAUGUGGGACCAAAGGUAUUUGCAGGUGAGGAAAAUGUUUUGGACUCAGUGUCCAUGGAAGAAAUUAUUGAGAAGUUCAUAAAGCCUGCUGGACUUGAUACAAAGAUAAGUUCAUCUCCUGACUCAAAGAUCACGUACCAUGUAGAGAAAACAGAGCAAGAGGAUGGAAGCACCAAGACUCAGAUAGUUCUCCAAACAAAAGUGGAAGAGGACCUGGAUGUGUCAGACAACCCGGCUCUUGAGGAACUCCUUAGUAAGGGGGUACAUAAAGUCUCUCUUGAGGAUCUUGAAGGAACUCCAACAGGAAGCAUGAUUCAGAACCUUCUGCGUCUUGGUCUUGAAAGUGAAAGCUUAGAAAACAAGUCGGUUAAAGUGGAGAUAAUGGAGGCACCACUGGAAUGUCAUAGUGAUGAAGGGGAAGCUGAAAUUGAAGAGACUGUAGAGGUUAAGUACAAACCUUCCUUCCAACCUUCAUCAACAUUCUUUCACAUUGAAGAACCAGAGAAUGAACCUCAGCCAGCUGAACAACAUGGAAACACUGACGAGUCUGUGAAAGCCUCAGAGAAUUUCAAGAGUGGAUUUGUGCAGGUACAGGAAGUGUCUAGGGAUGAGAGCCUCCCAUACUAUUCUCAGGGCCAAGAAACACAAGAAUACUUUGUUUCCACCCCUGAAGACAACAUGUCUGGAUCAGAGGAGGGUGGAGGAUUUAUGUCUUAUGGACAUUAUGGGGUAGUGGAAGACCUUUCAGAUGAGAGAUACUACCAGGAAGAAGGUCUGCCUACAAACAGGAGGUAUUCUGAUGAAGGGGAAAAUAACAGGGAGUCAAGUGAAUAUGUCAAAAGAGAUACCACUGGAAUUCCAGAGUGCAUUAUUGAAGAGGAGGUGCAUGUUUCUCCCAGAAUGCAAGAAUCCAUGCUAGAGAUCCUGAAAGAAGAGUCAUUGGACCCCAGAGAACAGCUAAAGGGAGCACUGGAGCAGCUAGAGGGCACUGUGUCUGGAGCUCUAAAAGAAGAACUUGUUUCUUUCACCCAAGCUGGUCAAAGUUCUGAGAACCUGUCUGUUAGCAUCCAGAAGGUGCCACAAUCCCCAGACAAUGGAACAACGACCUUUGUGGCCGAGCUUAAUAUUUCCCAGAGUCUGGAGGAUUCUGGACUGCUGCAAAAUGAGGCAGAUGACCUGUCACAGGAACGGGUAAUGGCAGCGCUGCGGCCCUCCAUCUCUGACCUCCACCAGGCACAUAGUGCUGGAGCUGGUGGUGAGUAUACCAUCAGACUUUCCACAGAGGAGAUCCAAAAAGGGGAAAUGCCAUGGAUGACCAACCUUGAGGAAACUGAAGGCUUGUGCUCAGGUAGUGAAAUUAGCAAGACGGAGAAGGUCAUCAGGUUGGGGCCUAAUGAGAGGUCCUUCACAUUCCAAAUGGAUAUUAACAAUAGCGCAUCUGCGACAGGCAUAGAAGGGAUGGAUUCUCAAGAUCAGAAAGGCAAUGGAGCCACUGUGCAAGAGUUUCAACAGAAAAAGGAGACUGAUCCUUCAUUAAAGGUCUACCAAGAGAAAAGAAUUGCUACAGUUUAUCUUGAACGCCCCCAGGAGGACUAACUGAGAUCCAGAUAAAACCACCUAUAACUGAGAUCCAAAUAAAACCACCUAUUAUAUAAUCAGGUAUGGAGAAAUAUUGGUUACUGUCAUUGUCUUUACAAUACAUAUAAAAGCAGCACAUAUCAAGGACUUAAAGUUUUGCUUUCUAUGCAAUCAGAUUUAUGAUUCAAGACCCUAUUGGCUCUGUGCUCUUUUUUUUUCCUGUGUUGGCAUAAAUGAAUUUUCACAUUUAUUACAUGUCUGGGCCUGCAAUGACAUGUAAUAAAAUAUACUGAAGUUAAUAAAAGAGCAUUUAAUAUAAUUGAUUACAGGAUAUCACUGUUUCUUGUAACACUAUGCAAAUUAUUUUAAACCAAACUUCAAUUCAAAUAACACAUACUGCUAAUCCUAUAUUCAAAUCACUGCUUUGUGUUUCUGAUUCAUCUUUUUUCCCCCUUAAUCUACUUCCUUUUACUUAAUAUUUUGCACUUGACAUUGAACAUAUAUUCUUUUGAUCUACUUUGUAUUCUUUCAUACAGUGCCUUGCAAAAUUAUUCACCCCGCAUUACAACCUGUAAUUUCAAUGGAUUUUUAUUUGGAUUUCAUGACAUGGACAUACACAAAAUAGUCCACAUUGGUGAAGUGAAAAACUUGUUUAAAAAAAAAAAAUGUAAAAAUUAAAUACAGAAAAGUGGUGCAUGCAUAUGUAUUCACUCCCUUUGCUAUGAAUAACCUAAAUAAGAUCUGGUGCACCCAAUUACCUUCAGAAGUCACAUAAUUAGUUCAAUAAAGUCCACCUAUGUGCGAUCUAAGUGUCACAUAAUCUGUCACAUGACCUCAUUAUAUUAUACACGUGUUCUGAAAGGCCCCAGGGUCUAUAACACCACUGAGCAAGGAGAACCACCAAGCAAGCGGAACCAUGAAGACCAAGGAACUGUCCAAACAGAUCAGGGACAAAGUUGUGAAGAAGUACAUAUCAGGGUUGGGUUAUAAAAAAAUAUCUGAAACUUUGAACAUCCCAUAGAGUACCAUUAAAUCCAUUAUUAAAAAAUGGAAAGAAUAUGGCACCACAACAGACCUGCCAAGAGAGGGCUGCCCAGCAAAACUCACGGACCAGGCAAGGAGGGAAUUGAUCAGAGAGGUAACGAAGAGACCAAAGAUAAUCCUGAAGGAGUUGCAAACCUCCACAGCAGAGAGUGUGUCCAAGUAUCUGUCCAUAGGACCACUUUAAGCCAUACACUCCACAGAGCUGGGCUUUAUGGAAGAGUGGUCAGAAAAAAAGCCAUUGAUUUAAAGAAAAAAAUAAGCAAACACAUUUGCUUCUUGUCAAAAGGCAUGUGGGAGACUCCCCAAACAUGGAAGAAGGUACUCUGGUCAGAUGAGACUAAAAUUGUGCAUUUUGUCCAUCAAGAAAAACGCAAUGUCUGGUGCAAACCCAACACCCUCUCAUCACCCAAAGAACACCAUCCCCACAGUGAUGCAUGGUGGUGGAAGCAUCAUGCUGUGGGGAUGUAUUUCAUCGGCAGGGACUGGGAAACUGGUCAGAAUUGAAGAAAUGAUGGAUGGAGCUAAAUACAGGCAAAUUCUUGAGGGUAAUCUGUUUCAGAGAUUUAAGACUGGGACAGAGGUUCACCUUCCACACCCCCCCAAAAAAAAUCCAGGUUGUAAGGCAACAAAAUAGGUUUUAAAAAAUGCCAAGAGGGGUGAAUACUUUCACAAGGCACUAUAUAUUCACUGCCAUCUUUUACUUUGAUGAUGACACUGUUUUGCUGUAACACAUUUUUUAAUUAUUAUGGUCCACAAUUACAAGCUCCACAGUUUUUAAUCUAGUAUAAGUUCGAAUAUAUUAUGUGUUUAUGAAACUAAGAUGGCAUAAAAACACCUUAACAAGUAUAGAGCAGGGGUGCAUGUUCCUUUUGCCUGUGCCUAUUCUGGUUUAGCAUAAUUAGGAAAUAACCAAACACUGCUGGAUUCUAGUGCACUAAAGCUGGAGCUUGGUUUUAUUUUGAGUACUGUUUUUUGAUUAUGGCCCAUUAUCAGACUUGACUGUUUCAGAAUCUGGCUCUGUGGACUACCAGAGAUUUCAGACUAUCCUUCCUGUCUUUCUUAGGUCCUUUAAUCCUUAAAUAAUAUUAACAUGGCAUUCACUAAUCCAGCCUCCCUGCACUUCCAACAUUAGGACUGAGUGAGUAAAAGAGAGAUAGCGUGAGAUACUUUAGAGAGAUGAAAAUGUGAAAAAGCAGGUUUCUUUUAAAAGCCACAGUGUCAGACUAGAGGUCACUGAGGUAGUGUCUAACAUCAUGUUUGCAUAACAAGUGUUUUUUGGGAUACUUACUUAUGCUUCACAUGGUGGUAAUGGAAGGAGUGAGAAGAAGUGAGAGAGUGAGUGACGCCAGGGUACAUCCAGUAAUCUUCCUUGGAGUUCUCUAAUCACAGGAGACAGGACGAGUUUGUGUACGUGUGGGUAUUUAUGAACAUGUGUUGAUGAACAUUAUUUGCAACAGUAAAUUACUGUAUUUUAAUUGUUCGACAGUAAUAAAUAUACUGUUUUCUGUUUCACACUAAUACUCUCAUAGAAUCAGUUUCUUUUUUCGCCCUGCUAUAAUUUUUUAAUUAUUAUUGUUAUCCGGUUUGUCACUGGGGAAAGUGUUAUGCCUGUUCCUAAUGAUGAAAUUAUGAAUAUAUAACCAAUGUAAUAUUGGUAAAGCAAAGUUUUGUCUAUCAUUGGAUGUCUAAUAACUCAUUAAAGACUUAAUCAUUUUGAAAGUUA